UAUUAUAGCCUUACACAUUUUCCAGAGUGCUGUGCUGUCGCCGUGCUUAUGCUUAUGCAUGUCCUCAAUGUCAGAGGAAGGAAGAAUACGUCGGUGGGAAAUGUCUAGAGACCAUCUGUGUUACCAUGGCUGAGUGUUUCACCUGUGCAGGCCGCUUUGUUUGGCAGCUCUACUGAACAUGAUGCAGGUUGUGUGAGUGACAGAUAUGGGGUCAGCGAGAUCAUCUUUGCAGACUUUCACUGUGGUGGCCGUUUUUUGCCUAUUUUUGAGCACUGAAGGUGCGAGGCCGGAGGUGCGUGGAAAGGCUGGAGGUGUGGUGGAUUUGGAGUGUAGUUUUCCUCCAUCAGACCCAGCUGCCGUGUCCGCAGCGUCCCUGCAUGUGGUGGAAUGGGUUCGACAGGGACUCGACAUCCCCGUCCUGAUCAAAUUUGGAUCCUACGCGCCUCGCGUCCAUCCACAAUAUGAGGGGCGGGUGUCUCUGGUACGAAUCACUGCCCUGAGGCUGGAGGGCCUGAAGCUGGAUGACCAGGGCACGUACGAGUGUCGAAUCCUCUUACUGGAUGAACCCACAGAUGAGCUGCAAAAUGGCACCUGGACUCUGCUUUCUGUAACCGCUCCACCCACAUUCGCUGAAGCCCCACCUCCUGUGGUGGAGGCACUGGUUGGAAAUCACCUCACUCUUGCCUGUGUUGCUAAUGGCAACCCUACUCCAACCAUCACCUGGCUAAAAGAUGACAGUGUGAUUCAAACAAUAAAUGAUCAGGAAGGAGCCUUAUCUCUCAGAGCAGUGAGCAUGCAGUCAGCAGGACAGUACACCUGCCACGCCUCCAACUCUGAGGGAUACGUGACUCGCUUGACGAAAGUAAAGAUCAAAGGUCCGCCUGUCAUUGUCAUCCCUCCCGAAAGCACCUCUCUCAACAUGUCCCAGAAUGCGCUUCUCCGGUGUCAGGCGGUGGCCGAUCCCCCCAACAUGACCUACGUGUGGCAGAGAGGUGGAGAAAACGUCUAUCACAUAGAGUCUCUGAAGUCGCGAGUGAAGAUCAUGGUAGAUGGAACUCUACUCAUCUCCAGCGUCAUCCCAGAGGAUUCUGGGAACUACACCUGCAUGCCGACUAAUGGCCUGUUGACCCCGCCCACUGCCUCCGCCAACCUCACAGUGAUGCACCCAGCCCAGGCUCUUCAAAUGCCCCAGCAAACGUACCUUCCCACGGGUAUGGAUGGUGUGGUCACCUGUCCAGCGGCAGCUCAGCCUCCGCUGCUACGUGUGGAUUGGACAAAAGAUGGAGAACCACUUGACCUGUCCUUGUAUCCAGGAUGGACCUUGACACCAGAGGGCUCGUUGUUCAUGGCCACAGUUAAUGAUGAUACAGCAGGCGUGUACACAUGUACCCCAUACAACAACUACGGCACCAUGGGUUCGUCUGGGCCGACGAACGUAAUUCUACAGGACCCCCCAUCAUUUAGCAUCACUCCAGAGAAGCAGUACAAACAGGAAGCUGGUAGAACCCUGCUCAUCCCAUGUCAAGGAAAUGAGGACCCAACUAUUAAAGUGACCUGGAGCAAGGUCGACUUGGCUCGUCGCACAUCUUAUUCCAUAGAACCCAACGGUUCUCUGCUCCUACAGCCCCUCACUAAGGACCACCAGGGGGUGUGGGAGUGCAGCGUUGCUAACCGUGUAGCCUCGGUGAAAGCCAGCACACAAGUCUUUGUCCUGGGAACCAGUCCCCAUGCGGCUACCUCUCUGUCCGUCUCUCCAGGGGUGAAGCAGGCCAACAUAUCCUGGGAGGCAGGCUUUGAUGGAGGAUCAGCACAGACAUUUUCAGUUUGGGUGAAGAAGAUUUCAGUGAAUGAUAAUGAAGGGAAGCAGGAAUGGUUCUCUGUGCCCGUGUCCCCUUCCUCUGGCACCAGGUGGCAGGUGACAGGCCUGUCUCCUGUCACCGACUACCAGUUCAGCAUCCUGUCUCACAAUAAAAUGGGCACUGGACCCUUCAGCGAGAUCGCCACCGCCCGUACCUUGGAUCCUCCACAGAGGAGAAGUAAACUAAAGCCCCCCGCGUCGCUGUCUGCUAAUCAGAGUUCAGAGGGUGUUGUUCUGCAGUGGUCCCCUCCUGAAGCUCAGCACCCUCCCAUCACGGGCUUUGUUCUCCAAUCCCGCACCGAGCAAGGGGAGUGGUUUAAUUUGGACGAGGACAUCAGUGCCAACACUAGUGAGAUAGUCGUUCCGGGUCUGCACAAGGACAGUGUGUACGAGCUGCGGCUGCUAUCUCGUCGCGGGGAGUUGCUGAGCGAGCCCAGUCCAUCAGUCAAUGUCUCCACUAUGGGGAUGGAGAUAUAUCCCGCAACAUCCCGACUCCUGGAGUUCGUCCCGGAACCAUUACUGGCCGGCGUGCUGGGCGGGGUCGGCUUCAUGUGCUUGGCACUGGUCUUGCUGCUGGGGUCUGCCUGUGUCAUCAGCCACAAGAGGGACCAGCGCCGCAGAAAGGAGGAUGAGCCCCAUCCUGCCAUCUAUAAAUGCUCCCCAUCAAUAAAGACUUCAGGCACCAGCAGUCCAGACAGUGUGUUGAAGAAAAGCCUACUUCCAGCCAGCAUCCUAUAUCCCACCACUUCCUCUAAUACCACCUCCUCCUCCUCGCAGACAGACUGUUCCUCCUUUAGCACUGAGAAUCAUCAUCGGCAGAAGCUCCCAUUGUCCAACUACAGCAGAGGCCGCCUUACUAGGACAACUUCUCUGUUUUCUCCUCAAAUUGAGUUGAUUGCUAGAGGUCCAGAUGGGCGCUUUGUUCUUUCGCCGUAUGACCAUGACACGCUGAGUGUUAACAGCAAGAAAAGCGCAAGGUAUGACCAACCUGGUAGAGUCCGAAGGUCUGUUUCACUGCACUCGGAGAGGGAUGACAGGAAAGAGCCACCGUUUGUGCUCUCUGUUGAUCUCCCACCUUGCAAAACCGCAAACCAGAUUAGUGGCAUGGCCCAGCGCCUGCCCUAUCAUGUCCCUUAUAUCUUUGAUCAGAAGGCAAGCUACGAUGUCUUUCCUGACCUCAGCAGCAUGUGCUCAAACAGUAGUUUGGCUACCGUUCUUCAUCCCAACAGAGAACGUACUCCCACAUUUCCAGUGCUCCCACAUAUCCGAUCCGGCCUAGGUCAGCCAUCUACGACCGCCAGCACUCUGGUUCUGCAAAUGGAGCACGAGCGGGAGAGAGGAAACCUGAGUCACUGCCUGAAACUGGCUCAGGAGAGGGAGGAGCUAGAGAGGGAGCUCCAGAAGUACACGCUGGAAAGGAGCUCCAUGAGAGAAAUGAGGAGGGAGCAUUCAGACUCAGAGAGAAGAGAGGCUGGUGGUUAUGAGCUUUUGUGGGAAUAUAAGAGCAGUACCUUGCCGCACAGAUACCCCCAGGGCAGCAAGGAGAGCUUCGGCCUGUCACCAAGCCAUUUCUCUUCAUCUUCUGUGGAUUGGGAACCCCGUCCUCUAAUCCCAGCCCGGACCUCAUUUCAGCCAUUUCAAUUGGGCAACCAUCGUCCCACUCCAUCCUUCACCGAACAGACACCACUCCAAUCUGAGGAGGCAGGCAGUUUUUCCAGAGACAGAUUAGCUCUCCCACAUCUACCCUCAAAGCACCAGAGACAUGAAAGGGUAGAGGCAGCACCAGAAGGCUAUGAUAAUUUACCACAAUACACACUCUUAGAAAUGCAUACGAAUGAUUCAUGCUCUGAGGCACAGGGACAGAACAAUCUUAGUCAUGGCAGCCUUUCAACGUUGUCUUUCCAUAGCAAUAAAUAUAAAGAAAGAUCUAAUUUGGCUCUCGAUUCAGUGCCAGACUCUUCAAAAGCGGAGGUAGCGUUCCCAAAGCCCACUGAUGAAGUUGUGUGUGUUGAGAUGAGUGUGGAUGAGCCAGAGUUGGAGGUAUGUGUAAUGCGGCCUACAAAGCCCAUGCUGCACCACAGAAUCGCCUCUCAUGUGCAACAAGGGCACUCGCUGACUCGCAGAGGCCGGUAUGAAGACAUGAGUAUGAGCUUUGAUUGCCGCAGCCCUGAAUCUCUGGAUAAUAUUAUCCGGGUCUCAGCUUCUCCGCAACCACCAAAACUCUGGAGAGCUGUGACCAAAGGCUCCAAAUUCUGGGACUCUAAGCAGCGAAGUCAGAGUCUUGACUCGAGGAGACGGAAAGAGAGCAAUUUCCUGACUCCUGAUGCAUGGAUAGACUCUCUCAGCCAAGAGAACUGCUCUGAUACAUCUUCCUGUCGUCCAGACUCUCUGUCCUGGGAAUCCCAGAGCUCUCCUAGCAGGAAACUCUCCAAAUCUCCUGCAAAUUCUCCUUCUGCUAUCCAAGCUGCCUCCCGUUCAGCUCCUGCUGUGCACUCUAUAUCUCCAAGGAGUAGUCCAGAGAGACCCAUACCAAAUCCUGCAGUGCCUUGCCACUAUGGCUUCUUUCCCAAUGCUGCCAAAUGGUCAUUUGCCUACCAGGAGGCCACAAAAGUUGCAGGAGAUUCCUUGGAGGUCAUGAGGGAAGCUUCUAUAUACUUACCGCCCAAUAACAAUGAUGAAGAGGGACUAGAAGUGGAAGCAGGAAGCUACGAUGGAGUGCCAGAGUCUGGGAACAGCUACAGCAGCUAUGCCAGCAGUGGCCGAGGCAGCAUGGAGCCCGCUAAUAGACGUCUGUCCCUGUGUCACCUUUCCCCAACCCUCACCAGCUCACCUGAGACUGUAGAGGAGAGCCAGGGGAGCACAGAGGACAGGCACAGUCACCAAAAGGAACCAGGCCAAAGCAGGAAGGCCUCAGUUGACGAGAAUUAUGAGUGGGAUGCUGUUGAUUUCUGCUCGCAGCCUAGAGACCGUGACGACCUGCUUCCUUCAUUGAAUCUACUGAAGUCUGCUCGGUGCUGUAGCCUUCCCAGCAUGCAGUGCUCCACUAAGGCACUGAAAAAUUGCACUCAGCUCUCUUUGCUCCCGGGCCAUCAAAGCAGCUGCUCUGCUGAGCCAGAACCAGACACCGUGCUGUUCUGACAGUGCCAGCCUUCGGCUCAUCUCACCUAGUGUGUCCUUUCACUUAUUGACUCACAAGGCGACAAAAAGUGCAUGUGGCAGAGAGUGAGCUUUUGACUGAACAAUUCAAUUCUCUCUUUUUAAAACCAAAAAAAGGAAUGAAUUGCUUGUCUCUAUGUUAAACUUCACUUGAAAAAUAAUGCUUUUCAAAAAUACAGGUUUCCGCAAACGUAAUGGAGACACAAAAUCACAUUUAUCCAUAUGCAGAGCUUUAAAGGUUUGUUUCGCUUGGUGACCCAUCACCAUUAUGCUCUUGACAUUUUCUUUUGAGACAGUCUGCCAAUCUGCCGAUAUCAAAGCGUUCCACUGUGCUGAUGGAUUCACUGCAUUCUCUGUGUGCAGUUAGAUAUGCAUUCAUCAUCCAGGGAUGACUCAGUGGCCACACAAGGGACAAAACGAUCUCCGUCAUCAUCAAGUGACUGGUUUAGGCUAUGCUGGGGAUGAUUAAGUCUUUUGAUAUCAUCAAUCAUCUUUGAGUUUAACAAAAGAGGUGUUUAUGAAAUGCCAUUAAAUAAGGAAGAUAAAUAGAAAAUAAAUGGUUAUUCUGCUAUAGUUUCUGUUUCUAAAAGUGUAAUUUUCCAACAGAGAUCAUUAUCUGCUUUCUUGCCCUUAAAAUACUGUGGGUCUCUGGAAGCCAAGAAUCUGCUCAGUCUGGAGGAAAGCCUUAGCUCACUCUCCAGGCCGUCUUGUUGUUCAGCGAAGCAAGACCUCUAAUUAUGUUCGGUAAUUGAAGAGGGUCAAGUCAACUUGUAGGGUUUGUCUUUGUUUAAUUUUUAUGGACAUGAAGGGAAAUUAGCUUUUAUUUUUUAUUUUGGCUUUAAUUGGCCAUGGGUCAAUUCACUGAAAGAUGACUGCAUUUUUCUCUCAGCAACACCUGCAUUAUACUCACACAGCUGUUAACACUGACACCUUGGGAGCCAACAGUGGUGCUGAAAAGCAGCACCAGUUGAGUGGUUAAACGCCUUGUUUGAGGGCAUGUCAACUGCAGGUACUAAUCACAUUCUCUUAGGGCUGGGCGAUAAUUCACCGUUACUGUUUAUAGACAUUCGAAUUGCAUAGCAAUCUAUUGUUUUACAAAAUACUGUAGUCCAUGAAGAGUUACAAGAAAGUUUUAUUUGAGUGCUCAGUCACAUCAGUAUUCAUAGUAUUUAUAACAGCAAAGUCUCAGCCCCAAAUUAAUUCAUUUCAAUGGAAACCAUAUGUUCAGCGGUUUCACUCGAAGUGGGGAAGUAAAAUUGUGUGGUGCUUAAUGCCAUAUUCUUUUUACAGUAUACAAGAGUUACUGUAAUUACAAGUUUCCGAUGUGUAGAAAGUGUUGCUGUCAACAUCAAGUUGUAAUUAUGUCUAGAAAGGAUUUUUCUGAAAGCUCCAAUAUAUCCAACUUGAAGUUGUGUGUGUGUGUGUGUGUGUGUGUGUGUGUGUGUUGCCAGCUGUUAAAAAGAAGUCAAGCUGAACUGACUCUAACUUGUUUUAUCAGUAGCUAUAAUUAUUUUUCAAGUUGCUCUCAUCUCAUAAUAUGAACCUAAAUCUGUCGCUAAUUUCAAAAAUCUUUUUAUGUAGGCUUUGGAACUAAAAGUGUCAUGAAUAGAGAGCAUCCACACACUGGAAUAAAUUCACUCUUAUACACUCACCCUUGUAUUUUGAGAGAAAACCUAACCUAAAUAGUCAAGGUCAGACCUUUAGAGCAAAUACGAAGGAGGAGGUCGUCGGACAAACAGUGGGGAUCAGUGAUUGGUCGUUAGGUAUGCACAUUCACACUUCUGUCUGGCUGAUGAUUAGUUGACUGAAGGUUCUGUUGCUCUCCUCCGCUCACUGAUCAGUCAGUCCACAGAGCCACUGCCACAUGAGAGCACAUCAUCAGUAAGAAAUAUUGGUGACUCUCUUUAAGGAACAACACUAAGGGAGGCCUACCCUUGCUUUAUGUAAAAGUAGGCCACAUGCACCAAUACAACAAUGAAAAAAUAAGCACAAUUUACAGCAUGCAUUUACAGAAUUGCUCUUGUCAGAAUAUUAUACAAUUGGAUUAUACUUAUUGCUGCAUGUGUAAGCAUCACUUCAGUGAUGUAGCUGAAUCUACAAAUAACACAUCAUAAUUUGUUAAUUGAUUAUAUUGUGUAUUAAUAAUGUGAAUCUGCAACGCAACUAGUAACUAAAGCUGUCAGAUAAAUGUAGUACCUUUAAAAUUGUCACAACUGUUUACUACUAUGUAAGU